UCAAGCUUUGUUUUUAAUAUCAAACAUAAAUAUAUCAUAUAACUUUAAAGUAGAGAACAGAGAAAUUAAUUUUUUCUCGUUAUAAAUUUCGGUAACUACCAUGUAUAGAAUGAGCGGAGAUUCAAGUAAUGUUAUGUCACACCCAAUACGCCGUGCCUACGGGCCACAACAGUUAACCCUGGACAGCUCAAUUGCAGUCGAAGAUCAGUGCAUGAGAGACGACCUCUACUUCAACUUAAUGUACAAGUCUUUCGACAGCAAUGCUCAUGGGAUAACCCAUCGCAUCAAUCACUUGGCAAACACAGAAAAUGCGAAUUUAAGACCGAUUACGACGGAAUUGGAGAGAAAUGAUAAAGCAUGGCGAUCAAGUCUAUUGGACUACAGACAAAUGGACUCUGAACUAGCGCGCAUACAACGUGACUAUGAAGCGAUUGAGAAUAAUCUGGCGCGCUUUAGAAAAGCAGAUAAACGCUGCAGUCCAGAAUUUAAACUGAUUGGAACUGCCUUGAUAACAGACCAUUCAACAGCCCGCGAAUACUUCGAUCGUAGCGAACACUUCCCAUCUACAUCAACGUUGUCCACCGAUAUCAGCGCAUGGAGUUCACAUAGUGGCACUCUGACCGAUAUCCCAUCCAGCUAUCAACUGCCAUCAAUUACUGAUUUGCUUGCAGCUCAAAACAACCACACAGCAGUAUCACCAACAGUGGCUGCAACACCACCGCCUCCGCCACCUCCACCACCAUCAAAACCCGAGCGAUGCCAGCGAGAGAGUGCAAAGGUUGAGCAGCCAGUUCAAAGUCAGAAGGAAUCGAAUGAGGUUCGAGGUUCAGAGCCCUACUACAAAUGCCCCGUGUGCUGGAACUGUGUGCGCCAACGGAAGCCAGUUUCCACCACGUGUGGCCAUGUGUUCUGCGGCAGUUGCAUUAAGGCGGCACUGCGCACCACAUGCAAGUGCCCCGUGUGCCAGAGAUUGAUGACAACGCGUCAAAUUUUCCGAAUAUACCUUUGAGCAACACAAUGCUGUUAUAUGCUUGUAAUCUAUUUCGUUUUCACUUAGUAAAAAAGCGCUUCAAGAUUUUGUGCAAUAAAUUACCAAAGGUGUGCGCGUGAAAG